AUGGAAUCGUCUUCAUCAGAAAGUGACAGUGAAAGUGAGAACGAAGAGGAGUUAGCCAUAAUGCAAAAGUUAUCAACAAAGUACGAUUUGUACUCAAAUAUAUUGCUGCUGUUCGGUUGCAUUGAUGGUAUGCACAUAAGGAUAGACCCGCCAAGUAAAGGAAAGGACGAUUAUAUUGACCGCAAAGGAAUAACAUCAGUAUAUCUGCAAGCUGUUUGCAACGAAAAUAAGAAAUUUCUGAACAUUUUCGUUGGCUAUCCAGGUUCUUGCCACGAUAGUUGGGUAUUUAAGAACUCAACGCUUUACAACAAAUUGUCCUCUUAUUGUAAAGAUUAUUACCUGUUAGGUGAUUCCGCAUAUCCCUGCAACAAAAACUUAAUCACGCCUUACAAAGAUAAUGGCCAUUUGACAAACGCUAAUAAAUUGUUUAAUAUUAAAUUAAGUUCCGGACGCAUAGCUAUAGAACAUAGCUUCGGAAUCCUAAAACAACGUUUCAGGCAGUUAUAUCACUGUAAGCUACGAGGCAUGAAAAAGCUCUGCCAUUUUGUAAGGGAUUGCUGUGUUUUACAUAACAUUGCCGACGAGGGAGAUUUAGAAUUUACGGCAGAGGCAACUAAGGAGCUCAAUGAGGAAAUCGCCGUGCAUGGCGAAGUUGCAAGGGGAAACUCUGUGAGAGAUCCGAUUUGUCGCGAUAUACAGCUCCGCCGAAAUCAAAAUGUUUAACAUAUACAUACAACAUGUUUAACAUAUA